AUAUUUUAUGUCUAUGGGCGCAAAAUAAUUAUAUAGUAGUACAGUUGUUAGCAGUUGAUUUUUGUUGACAUUUCCUAGACUGGAGAAAUUGUAUGAUUCAUAAACAAACUGAAACUCUUAUUGGACUUAUUGUGACAUAGACUUGGACUUGACAGCAGGUAUGGAUUCUUCACUGUCAGAGGUAGAAAAUGAUGAAACAAAGGAUAAACAUGAGCAGAUUCUAAUGGAACCAUACAAGUAUAUAAGUCAAAUACCAGGCAAGCAAAUACGUACUCAACUUGCUGUGGCUUUCAACUAUUGGUUAAAAAUACCAGUUGAAAAACAACAAAUUGUUUCCGAAGUAGCACAAAUGUUGCAUAAUGCAAGUUUAAUUGUUGAUGAUAUAGAAGAUAAUUCCAAAUUAAGGCGGGGUAUUCCAGUUACACAUUCCAUUUUUGGUGUUGCACAAGCAAUCAAUUCAGCCAAUUAUGUUUACUUCCUGGGGUUAGAAAAGCUAUUUUCUCUUGGAAAGUUGGAAGAAACAUCUAGAAUAUUUACAGAACAUUGUCUAGAACUUCACAGAGGUCAAGGGAUGGACAUUUAUUGGAGAGAUGCAGUAAUCUGUCCUACUGAAGACGAAUACAAGUUAAUGGUAUUAAGAAAAACUGGUGCAUUGUUUGGGCUUGCUGUCAAAUUAAUGCAGCUUUUUAGUACAAAUAAAAGUGAUCUAAACAGUUUACUAAGGCUGCUGGGACUUUACUUUCAAAUCAGAGAUGAUUAUGCCAAUCUUUGUUCUAAAGAGUAUGAAGCUAACAAGAGUUAUUGUGAAGACAUCACAGAAGGAAAAUUUUCAUUUCCGCUGAUUCAUGCUAUCAGAAGUAACCCAAAUGACAAUCAAGUCCUCAGUAUCCUGAGACAAAGAACAACAGACAAUGAUGUGAAAAAAUAUUGUGUGCAAUACUUGGAAAAAGUGGGAAGUUUUGAUUAUACAAGAAAAGUCCUUGCAGAACUAGAAUCUGAAUUGCUGCAAAAUAUUGAGUCUUUGGGAGGAAAUCCAUAUUUAAAGGCUAUUGUACUAGAGCUCAGGAAGAUCUACUCCACAUCAGAAGAUUGCUAGAACAAUAUAGUUUUAUUUCAGAUACAUUAUUUAUUGCUCUGUUCAACAUUUUCCGGGUUCAUAGAAGGCCCAAAUAUUAAAAAAACAUUUUGAUCAUUGACUGUUUUUAGAAAAAAUGAUUAAUAUGAAAUUAUAUUUUAAAAAAAUGUGUUAUCUGUUUAAGCCAUUUUUUUUUAAGAUUGAUUCCUGAUAUUUUUUUAAAUAUUGGUUCAAUUAUCUCACUUAAUAAAGCUGAAAACUUGCCGUCUCCAAUGAACUUUUCAACUAUGCUAUGCCUUGCUCUAAUUUUAAUCAUCUCUAUGGUAUCUGCUUGAUUACAUCACAUUAUGGUCUACCCCUUUCCUCGCAACAAAAUAUCUAGUCCCUAUGUUUUAAUCAUUUAGCCUCUAUGUUUUAAUUAUUUACCUCUGUCUAAAUCAUUUAGCUUCUAUGUCUUAAUCAUGUAGCCUCUAUGUCUUAAUCAUGUAGCUUCUAUGUCUUAAUCAUGUAGCCUCUAUGUCUACAUUUAGUUAAUUUUGUCCUGCUCUUGUUACAUUUCUCAGCAAUGAAAUUUGAUACAUGUAGUGCUGGCGUAGUUAUCACCUCUUUUGUGAAUGGAGAUCCUGUUCAUUUAUAUGUUGGAAGAUUCAGACAAGUAGUCCUAUAUCUGAAACGGCCAAUAUGUCGUUUUUCAUUGCCUUUUAUUUUGAUGUGUGCUGGGAUCCACUCUUGUGAUUAUUUUUAUUAGUGGAGAUGGGAAUGAACAGAUUCAUGAUGUUCUAACCCUUCAGUAGGCCAACAAUAAAUGAUUAAUUUUAUCAUAAGCAUCUGAACAUACAAUGACAUAUUUUACAGUUAAAAGGAAUUAGAAAAAAAGUUUUAAUUUUAAUGAAUCUUUGUUAUUUAGCUGUAAUGGAUGUCAGGAUGUUAUGGAUAUAAAUGUUUAUAUUAUAUGCUAAAAAAGAGAUGCACUACUAGAUGUGUCAGAGAAAGAUAGAUGUGUAAAUAAUAACAUUAUUAUAGUCUGAAAAUAAAGACCAAACUGUAGAGGUAUGUUUGCAUAUACUUUGGCUCAAGUAGGUUUUUGAAAGUGUUAGUAACUCUGGCCCUUGAAGUUUGAGUGAACCCUGACAUAUACAAAUCUGAAAUGUGACAAUGUUGAACAAAAUCAUCAACUUCUACUUUUUAAUCAUAAUUAGUUUUAUUGAUAAUGUUCUAGAAUGAUACCCAUCACUGAAAAUCAGACUACCAUAUUGUUUCAUUUGGUCCAAUAACCUUAACAAAGAGAAAAAAUGAGUAUUUUUUAAUGAAUUAUUUGUGUUUGUUAAUUUUAUCAUAAUUGUCUUCUUUGUUUAUGUUAUUUGUAGUGGUAUUAAAACAGAUUAAAUAAUAGCCAAAGUGUAUCUUCACUGUGUUUGGCAAGAUUGGAAUAAAAAAAUUACAACAAUUUAGCCAAAAAAAAAACUUUGUAAGAAGCUGCAAUUUUUUUCAUUUAAUAAUCACUAAAAUUUUGACUUUUAAUUGUAAUAGUCACAUUUAAUGUAGAGUAUAUCAAUAAAAUUUUAAACACAGCUAUUUCUUUUUAAUACAUUUUCUUUUUCCAUUAUAUCUUAGUGGACUAGUAGUAAGAAACAGUUGAAAACUAUCAUGAUCUAAACAUUUCACUCAGUCACUAGUAAAUUGUGAUGUACUAAUUCAAUGUUAAAGAUUAUUGGGUUUUGCAUGACCUAAACUGUUAUGUCCACUAAUCAGUGGAUGUGACUUAAAUUGAAAACUAGUCUGCAUUUUCAUUUCUCUAUUUAAUGUUGAUCUUGUACAAUUUUGUUCUGAUAUGGAAGUUUCUAUGACAGUAAGUUUAUUUAUAAUUAUUAGGUUAAUGUAUGCUUCUGCCUUGUUGACUUAAAAAACAACAGGUAUUUCAUCUACUUUUAUUUUAUACAAACCCUGUGGAUUAAUUUUGCAAAUUGUUAAUUGUAACUUCAUCAUAAAAUUCAUUUUACAAAUCUAUGAUUGCUCCUUCUUUCCUAAUGCCAUUAGAGCAUAGAACUCAGCCAGGAAAACCAGAGACUUAGCAGAAUAAUUAGGAUUAGACUAACACAUAAAUGCAUUGGAUGUAAUUAUCUUCUCUUUUGAAGGAACAUCUGUAAUUCAGAAGAUAAUUGAUGUGUAAUGGUGCCAAAACUUUUUUAUGCUUUAAAAAAAAGUAUUGGGCAUCAAGAUUUUUUCUUUAUUUGUCUAGCAUUUGGGGUCAGGUUUGGAACCUUGUAUUGGAAAAACCAGUAGUAUAUAAGUCAGCAGUUACAUAUUCUUUACCCAUCAUUAACAUUACACUUGACAGUUUCAUCCAUAGUAACAUUACAGUUGUCAGUUUAAUCCAUAGUAACAUUACAAUGUCAGUUUUAUUAAAUGUCACAUUAACAUAUUUUUGUUUAUCUAGCCACCAAUGUGCAGUUUAUUUCAUGUUCCUUUGCUAAAGUUUUUUUUUAUGGCAACAAUUCUUUUGAUAGAAGCUUACAUAGAUCUGAUCAACUAUGGCUUGAUUAAUUUAAUUGGAGAAUGAUAAUUUUUUUAUGAUUUGUUAUCUCAAUUUGUUAUAUUUUGUUGUAUGUCAAGCUUGUUGUAUUGUAUUGUUGCUUAUUUUAAAGUAUGAGAUAAAAAUAAAGUAUAAUAAACACUUUA